UUCAUAAUGAUUAGUUAUCCAAAAUUGUUAUGGAUUGUCUGGGUCUAGUGGGUUCCUCCUCAUGAAGGGUUUUGAAAGAUGAUUCGUUGUCAUCUUAUUGGGCAUCAUACUGAGAUAGUUGAACCAGAGGGCUUCUGUUGAUUUUUCCACUUCUAAAAUUCUAAUUGAACAGUCCCCAGUAUAGGGGACUGGCUCAAGCAGGAAAGAGGGAGAAAAAUUGUCACUUCGUUUAAUUAAAGUGCUCAAACAGUAAUGUUGUAAUGUUUUUUUUCUUUGUUAACUCGUACAGAAAAUCUUUCUGUGCCUAUUGAAUCUUUGGUGACCUGAGGGGUGAGAGGUGUUGUGGCAAGAAGAGACAUCCAUUAUAAUUAGGAAAAACUCCCUAAGGAGUUCUCUAAACAAAAUUGUCUUAGUAAUUCAUUAUUCAGACAUAAGCAGCUCUUCAUGUAUAAUGUCCUUCUUGUCUAUAUGAUGUGCUAGUGGCACAUUUUCAGGGUCAAAAUGAGAAGAAUGUGAACUGAGCGAAGAAUAGCAUUCUAAGAAUUAGAGAGCUGUUAAAAAUGAUAGUAGUUGAGCAUAAAGCAAUAUCCUUUUUAUUAUUCUUUGCAUUUUUUAAUGUUCAUCUCUCUUAGGCUGCUUAGCAGGACUUCAAACCUGACUACUUGGAAAUUACUGGUAAUGAUGAUGUAUGUAUUGGCUGCUUUGAUCAUUUUGAUAGUUUCUAAAAACUUCUCAAAGUUCUGGCCUAAACUGGACUUUCCCAUUUCUAUAUAUCACUACAAUGCUUCAAGGAUACCCUUGUGUCCUAAAUUAUCAAUUGAACAAACAAAUAUUGACUUGAAAAUAAACAAAAUCAAGAAACAACUAGACCAGCUCAUCCCAUACAGGCCAUUCUCUCAUGUCAACACCACCACAAGUGCAGCCCACAGUGUGGUCAGAAUCAUCGAUCCUAAAACCACUUACUGUGUAACAGAUAAGCUAGAUAUUUUGUUGGAGGUGAGAGACUACUUGGGACAAAGAAAAAAAUAUGGAGGGGACUUCUUAAGGGCUAGGAUUUCUUCUCCAGACCUGAAGGCAGGAGCUUCAGGAAAAGUGACUGACUUCAACAAUGGUACCUACCUUGUCAGCUUCACUUUAUUCUGGGAAGGCCGAAUCUCCGUGUCUCUUCUGCUUAUCCAUCCUAGUGAAGGGGUGUCUGCACUAUGGAGAGCAAGGAAUAGGGGCUAUGAUAAGGUGAUUUUCAUAGGCCAAUUUAUCAAUGGCACAUCCCAGGUCUUCACUGAAUGUGGUCUGGUUCUAAAUACAAGUGCUGAACUGUGCCAGUAUCUGGAUCACCGAGAUCAAGAAGCUUUCUACUGUGUGAAACCUCCACAAGUGUCCUGUGAUGCACUGGCCCAAUUAAAAUCUAAGAAUAGGGAAGUUUCCUAUCUUAGCAUCCUAGAGAAAAGCCUCUUUAACAGGUUCAACACAGGGAUGGAGAUUUUGAACAGUUUUGAUUCCAUCAAUGUCUCAGUGUGUAACAAGCAAACAAUUUCAUUAAAAGAGAAAUGCAAUCUUGGGAUGUGGUCCCCAGUCCCCACUGGCUAUGUCUGGAAUAACAUAUGGAAUUUGGUCUCCUGCAAUUUGUCUCAUUUCUACACUGAGACCCAAAUGAAUGUUUGCUUGAAGGGAAAGCUCAUUUAUAUCCUGGGAGACUCCACGACCCGUCAGUGGAUGGAAUACUUCACAAAGAACAUCAGAACACUGAAGUCUGUUGACCUUCACGGAUUUGGGAACCUCCGACGUCAACUUGUUGUGGACUUGGAAAGGAAGAUAUACAUUCAGUGGCAGAGACAUGGAUACCCUUUGAUUGGCUCAAAUAGCUAUUCAGCAAAAGAGAAUGAAUACCUUGCCCGUGUCAUUGACAGAAUAGCAGGGGACAGAAACACCAUUAUUGUCUUUUCUCUGGGCCAGCACUUUAGGUUUUUCCCCAUUGACAUCUUUAUCCGACGGGCCAUCAAUGUCCAUAAUGCCAUUGAGCGUCUAUUCCAGAGAAGCCCAGAGACAAAAGUGAUCCUCAAGGGUGAAAAUAUCAGGGAUAUUAAUAAUGAUCCUGAGCGACUUAGUGACUUUCAUGGCUAUGUGCACUCUCUGGUUUUGAAAGAUAUCUUCCAAGAUCUUGACGUGGGUAUUAUUGAUGCCUGGGACAUGACUGUUGCCUAUGGUACUAAUGAUGUCCAUCCACCUGAAUACGUGGUUGAGAAUCAGAUUAAAAUGUUCUUAAACUAUAUUUGCUAAAACAAACAAACAAACAAAAACCAAAUCAAGUCCCAGUUAUCCAUGAGCAGGUUAUAUCUGUUCUUGUUUAUCAAUGUGAUAUCAAACAAGUCAAUAUUUUGAUACCUAAGAACUCAAUUCAAAUUAGUCAUGUAGAAUUUAAAUAAGAAAGGAAAAAUAUUUUUAAAAUAAAUUUUGCUUGAUAUAGUCAAGUUAUUCUUUAUGCUUUUUAUAAUUUUUAUUCAGUAGUCAUUACUUAUACUUGUCACUAGAUUAUAAACCUCUACUAUCUGCUUUUGACCCCAAGUAGCUUUUAUUCAUCCAAUAACUCAGCACUCAAUUUGAAAUAGGAAUAUUUGGAGUAUUGUUUAAAAAUUAAAACAAUUUUUUAUUGUUUUAUAUAUAUAUAUGUGUGUGUUUAUUGUAAAAAAUAGGGCCAUCAUUUUUUAACUCCUUGAGUGCCUUGCUUAGUAUUUUGUACAUAGUAGGUUUUCAACAAAUAUUUUAAUGAAUGUCUGAGAAAAUAGAUUUUUCUAGAUUAGGCAACUUUGUCAUUUUACUCAGAUAAUUCAUUCUUUGUCUACUGCAGUUGCCAACUUCUUUGAAGAUAAAGAAUAACUGGGUCAAACUAUGGCAGCAACUCACCAGAAACAUCCUGGGGUGAUCUGAAUUUAAAUGCCCAAAGAGAAGAAAGGUGAAAUUUAGAGUUGAGAGAAAAGGGGGUGCAUCUUGAAUAGAAAAAAGGUUGGGAUUAGUUAUUGAAAAUAUUUGAUAUUUUGUAAAGAAAUUGAAAGCAGAAGGAAAGUAAGAGAAGAGUAUAAGCUAAUAAAUGACAUGGGAAAAAGAACUAAGAAGAAGGCAAAUGUAAAGGGAUACAUGCAGAAUAGAUGAUGCUAUUGUACCAUAUGUAGGCAUGGCACCUGAUUCCUAGGCAACUAAGUACCAAAGUGGAUAGAUUGCAGGACUUUGAGUCAGGAAGACCUGAGUUUAAAUCCCAUCUAAGACUUUUACAAGUGCUGUGACAUUUGGUAAGUCAUUUGCCAUCUGUAAAAUGGAAUGUGAAGAUAAUAGAAUUUAUCUUACAUGAUUGUUUUGAGUAUUGAAUGAAUUAACAGAUGUAAAGUGCUUUGUAAAUCUUAAAUUCUAGUUAUUAUUAUUUUAGUUAAUUCUAGUUGUUAUUAUCAUCAUUAUUAUUAAUUGUCUCUCUUCUCUCUGGGAUGGGAUUGGCUCACUCAACCAGUUGUACUGAUGCUGUCAGGUAAGCACUUUUUCUCAAUGGAGGUGGGCAUACUUGUAGAGAGCCAGAACUCUGGAGAAGUGUACUUGAAAGAAGCAUACUUGAAACAAGGUGUUAACACAGAGGAAUUGAUGAGAGAUGGUUCUCUAGUUCACAUAUAGACUUAGUACUUAGCAUGGUGAUGUAAUGAUUCUCUAGUUCACACAUAUUCAGUAUGCUGUAAUGAUGUAAUUGUAAUAAUGUAUAUAAGAACUGGGGACAGGAAGUCAGACAGAAGCCAGACCUUCAGACCUGCAGGCUGCUGGGGGAGACUAGUCAGACUGUGAGGCAGACUGCUGAGGGAGACUGGAUCAGACUAUGACAGAAGCAGACUGUGUAAGAGACAAUAAAGACUUUGGACUCUAUUCUUGUCCAUUCUCUUGGUGUCUGUCCUGCUGAGACCAAGGCCCUUCCAGAGGACCUCCAGAAAGCUAGCGCAGACAUUACACAUAUUGUUACAAAUCACUGUAAAAGUCCUAUGGGAAGCUAUGGUAGGAGAAAUAUACACUUAGUACUCACAUCGAUAACUAUUGAACCCCCACCAAAAAGACAGGAUGACACCAUUAAUGCUUAAUCUUCUACUAAGUCAUUUAUUUAUUUGCUAAGGCAAUUGAGAUUAAGUGAUUUGCCCAGGCUCACAUAGCUAGGAUGUGAUAAGUGUCUGAAGCUACAUUUGAACUCAAGUCCUCCUGAUUUCAAGGCUGGUGCUGUAUCCACUUCCCCAUCUAGCUGCACUUAUAUAAUAUAGCAUUAAUAUACCUGGGACAUAUUCUCCCACUAGAGUACAUAAUGUGCAUGAGAAAAAAAUGAGCAAAAACUUGCAAAGUCUUAGCAUGGAGUCAUCUGAGUAAGGAAAAUAUGUACCUAAAGGAACUCAUAAUUCUGAAUCAUGAUCUUUGAUAUCUCUGGCCUAGCUCAGAGAUAGUCUUUAUCUAAAGUCACUAAAAAGUCAAGUCUUCCUAGUUGUUGCACUAAGAUUGCUCCUUUUCUGGGCCUAUCACUUUCUGCUAAGCAGGACAGCUUGACCAUUGUGCCCAGGCUCCUCCUCUUCUGGACUAAUAGAAAAAUGUUAAAGUCAUUUAAAACAUAGCUCCAAGCCUAGAACUGAAGAGCUUUUCUAAUUCUACUCCCUUGGCUAAGCUCAUGAGGUAGCAUUAUGCAUUUCCAACCAAAGCUGCAAUUCUAACUCUGAGGAUUUCAGAGUUUAAAAAACAUUUACUCCUUUGACUAAGAUCUGAGAUAGCAUUAUACACAUUAAGAAAAAGCAGUUCCCUUAAGUCUAGGAUCUGUAGAACUUUUCUUAAUCUAUUCCCUUGGUUAGAUUUCCACCUCUCAAGUAAUAGAUAGCAAUGCAAAGAAAUGUCAAAUAUAAAUUCCUUCUCAGUCAGCUCUUAGAAGCAGCAAAGUUUGUCCUCCAGUUAUUGAUUCCAAAAAGCAAAUGGUGAAACAGUCUCUGAAGUCUUCUAGUUAUAUAAAAAUACGUUUUCUUCUUGGACCCAGCUCUAAGAUUCUUUUCACACCCAUUUUGGACUCUGAUCUUGAUCAAUAUAUACUCUAAAGUAGACUCUUUUUACAGAAAAUGAUUGACCUCUAUGUUAUAAUCAGAAGUCAAAAUCUACAUUUCAGUCAGCCAAGCUACACAAAGGAAAUACAUGGUUGUCUUGGAAUCACCAAAUAAUUCUAGGUAGGAAGCAGGGUUUCCCAGUUUUUCACUCUAAAAGUUCUUAUUUUAAUCACAUGUAAAUUGGAUAUUGAGAAACAGCAUAAUUCAAGCAUUUUUUCUAUCUUCUUUAUCUCCACAAACUGUGGAUGCCUUUUCCAUGUUGCUCAAGUGAUAACUUUGUUUUUACUCAUUUUAAUCAAGGAAAUAUUCUCAGAAAGCAUGCCACUUUUAUAUGAAUGUUAUGAAAUAUUAUUGUUCUGUAAGAAAUGACCAACAGAAGGAUUUCAGAAAGGCCUGGAGAGACUUACAUGAACUGAUGCUGAGAGAAAUGAGCAGAACCAGGAGAUCAUUAUAUACUUUAACAACAAUACUACAUGAUGAUCAAUUCUGAUGGACGUGGCCAUUUUCAGCAAUGAGAUGAGCCAAAUCAGUUCCAUUUGUUCAAUGAUGAAUAGAACCAGCUAUACCCAGUGAACUGGGAAAUGAGUGUGAAGCACUAAAUAAUAUUUCCAAUCCCUCUGUUUUUGUCCAUUUGCACUUUUGAUUUCCUUCUCAGGUCAAUUUUACAUUAUUUCAAAGUCUGAUUCUUCUUGUACAGCAAAAUAACUGUAUGGAUAUGUAUACAUAUAUUGUAUUUAAUAUACACUUUAACCUAUUUAACAUGUAUUGGUCUACCUGCCAUCUGGGGGAGGGGAUGGGGGGAAGGAGGAGAAAAGUUGGAACAGAAGGUUUUGCAAGGGUCAAUGCUGAAAAAUUACCCAUGCAUAUAUCUUGUAAAUAAAAAAACUAUAAUUAAAAAAAGGAAUGCA